CUAGGAAACGCUAUGUAAAAGAUCUUAGGUGAUUUCAUCUUAUUAUUUCGCAAUCAAUAUUCGCAUAUGACUGCAGCUGACGUCUCAGCCUCUUCGUCGAGCACUACGGUGUGUUUCCCAGACGAUAACAGUUGUAGCAGCAAUAGCAAUAGUAUUGAUGGUAUAAAUGUACAAUUUGACAAUUUGGAUGACAAUGGACAUAAUGACAACCCAUUAAAUUGGCCUAAGAGCCGCAAACGGGCACUCCUUAUAGCAUGCAUUGGAUUCUGCUUCCUGAUAUCAGGAUGCUCGAGCGCAUUCUCACAGGGACAAUCGCAGAUGGUUUCUGACCUUGGUUCAUCUGAUCUUCUCGGAGAACUUGCACUAGGCAUGUAUAUCGUUGGUUAUAGUGUCAGUCCACCUCUGUUAGCUCCUUGUUCUGAAGAAUUGGGUCGAAUGAGGAUGUAUCAGAUUAGUUAUGGGUUGUAUUUUCUACUAUUUCUUCCCAUAGCUCUAGCGCGAGAUAUGGCAACAGUAAUUGUAUGUCGUUUCAUACAAGGCGCCUUUGCCUCGGCUGGUACAUCCCUUGUCGCGGGAACAAUAGCAGACUUACUCCCAAAUGGUCAUCAGAAGGAUUUUGUAGUCGCUAUAUUUGCAUACUCUGCAGUAUUUGCAAUGGGUCUCUUCCCUAUUCCUCUCGGAUGGAUUAUCGUAUAUGAUUCAGAGUCCGGUUGGAGACUCAUACAAUUCAUUCAAAUGGGUAUGGCUGGUGUAUGGGCUUUGUUCAUGUUUGCAGUAAUGCAUGAAACCAGACCACACGUUAUCCUAAUCCGCAAAGCGCGUAAAAUGAGGAAAGCUACAGGUUUGAACUACAAAUCUAAGAUAAAAAAGCCCAAGUUAAGUUAUUUGAUUAGGGUAUCAUGUUAUAGACCUAUAGUAAUGCUUUUUCGAGAACCAAUUAUUACCUUCUUUAGCGCUUGGUUAGCCCUAGCAUGGUCAUUUUACUUCGCGAUUAUCGGCUCCAUUUCUCACGUUUUUGGUAUUCUGUAUGGUUUCAACCAAGGUGAAUUGGCAGCUAUAUAUACAAGCCUAGCAGUAGGGGUAACUAUCUCGCUAAUAUUCAACUUUGUGGUACAGGAUAAACUAUUCAAGAAGAAAUUUGAAAAACGUGGACCGGAAGCUAGGCUAUAUGCUACCAUGUUCAUAGGUCCACUACUACCGCUAGGAUGUUUUGUUUAUGGCUGGACAUCCUACUCUUAUGUGCCAUUUAUAGCGCCUUGUAUUGGAUUGGGGAUGAUCAGCUGCGCUAUUUUCACUAUAUAUCUUGCUGCCACUCAGUAUGUCAUGGACGCCUACGGAUCUUAUUCGGCAAGUGGUGUAGCUAGUCUCAGCAUAGUGCGGAAUUUAUGCGCUGGUUUCUGGCCACUUUUUACCAAUACCUUUUUCGAUAGAGUUGGAUUCCAGUUCGCGCCUACUAUUAUUGGUAUUGCGGCGGUUGUUUUCACUCUCUCGAGUUAUAUUUUAUUCUUUCAGGGUUCAAAGAUACGAGCAAAAUCCAAAUUCGCUCAAGAUUUAGCUACGGAUGAUAAGACAUUCUCAAAAGCAAAGGAAAUAAAGGAAACAGCUUAAGGGAUAGGAAUUAUUUAGAUUUUAUUGUAAUUAAUGCUACUAAUAUGUAAU